AUGCACUAUGAACCCUCUCCCUCUACCACCAAAACCUCUGAUACUCCUACCUCUAAUCCACCAUCACCUCCUUUUCAAAAAUUUAACCUCUCCACCACAACCUUACCAAUCUCUGAAGCUGAAAUGCUUAACAAACCUUUCUCACCAAUCUCUUCAACAUCGUCAUCUCCACCUUACUACAUCCUCUCAUCUGACUCAGAACCUUCUGACCUCCAAUCCCCCACCUUUGCUCAGCUUCAGGCUCGUGCUCUUGCCUCACAACAACAACCUAAACUAGAAGCCAACAUUCCACCACCACCUGAACAACCAAUUCCACUACCAUCUGAACAACCACAAACACCACCUUCUGAACAACCCACAACACCACCAUCUGAACAACCACCAACUCCACCACCAUCUGAAACUCCCAUCGUACCACCCUCUAAAAACUUUAUUAUCCCUACCUCUGAACCUCCCGCUGAAUCUACUCAUACACCACCAGCAUCUUCAUCCCUCACUCCUGAACCAGAACCUACCUUCCCCACCCUAGAAGAGGCAAUCUCUUUAUUUGUGGAGUCUUUAGUGGAGAAAAUCAUAUCUCUAUCUGAGAACUCUGAGAAGUUGGAGAAAGGUUGUAGGCACGACUGGUCAGAGAGGCAAAGGAAAAUGCCAAAAGAUAAGGCUCGUCUGGAAGAAGAGCAAAGGGUUAGAGAAGCUGCAGAGAAGGGUGCUGCUGCUGCGGCUGCUGCUGAAGCUGAAGCAAAAGAGAAGAGGGCAGCACGCAUAGCUGCAGAAGAAGCUGCAAAGGCAAGCAACAAUGUGUAG